AUGGCCUACAACGUUACCCCCAUUCCCGACGUCGAUGACAACCAGAAGCUGCAGCAAUACAUCCAGGAUAGACGUGUCAUCGGAUAUGACCCCCUGGUCCAGCCUGCUUUGCUCAGGCAUGAAAUUCAGCCCAACGUAGCUUCACAGAUCACCAUCGCAGCUUCCCGUUACAAUUCUGCUCGCAUUCUAGCGGGUCAAGACGACCGUGUUCUCGUCAUUGUUGGCCCGUGCUCCAUUCACUCUGCAGAGCAGGCAAUUGAAUAUGCCAACCUGCUUAAAUCCAAAAUUCCUUCAUGGGAUAAUUUGCUCAUUGUGAUGCGCGCGUACUUGUGCAAACCUAGAACUACUGUCGGAUGGAAAGGUCUCAUCAAUGACCCCGACAUCGACGGUUCUUUCAAGAUUAACAAAGGUCUCCGAAUUGCUAGGCAGCUCCUCUGCGACCUUACACAACUCGGUGUCCCCGUUGGUUCUGAGCUUCUCGAUACCAUCUCCCCUCAGUACAUUGCUGACCUUAUCUCUUGGGGAGCGAUCGGAGCUCGAACAACGGAAUCCCAACUCCACCGUGAACUCGCUUCCGGUGUUUCUUUCCCUAUUGGGUUCAAGAAUGGCACUGAUGGAAGUGUCACGGUUGCUAUUGACGCGAUGCGAUCCGCGUCAAACCCCCAUGCUUUCAUGGGUGUGACCGAGCAAGGUCUCGCUGCUAUCGUAAAAACGCGGGGAAACCAGGAUGUACAUGUCAUCCUCCGUGGUGGUACCAAGGGUCCCAACUUCGCAUCUGAACACGUUAGGGCGGCUGCUAGAUCGGUUGAGAAGGCACGUCCAAUGAACCAUGCUAGCGUUAUGAUUGACUGCAGCCAUGGUAAUUCGCAGAAGAAUCACAACAAUCAACCCAAAGUGGUUGAUGAUAUCUGCUCCCAGCUCGCUGGUGGUGAUAGGAACAUCACCGGCGUCAUGAUUGAAUCGCACAUCAAUGGCGGCCGCCAAGAUGUUCCCGCCGAAGGGCCUUCUGGCCUGAAGCACGGUGUUUCCAUCACCGACGCAUGUGUAGAUUGGGAGUGCACUGUGGGCAUGUUGGACAGGCUUAACGCAGCCGUCAAGGCACGUCGCAAUUACCUCUUCGAGCAAGGCCUGCAACGGCCAGCUGCUUUCCAACGUGACGUUCCUCCCUCACCAUGAAGCCAAGUUCAUGCUUGUCAUUCUGUCGUAAUUUGUUACAUGUACAUGAUCCCCAUGUGUGUGUUGUAUUUCAGUCUGUUAUACUCCUCCAUUGUUCACAGUAUUAGAACAUUACUAGACGACGGACUCUUGUUGUAUUGUUGUAGCUGAUAUAGUAUGAUAUGGUGAUUGGUGACGGUAAUGUUGUAGUUUCAUCGCACGAAGUUUCGAUAACGAGAUCAAUGUGAUGGUCUGUCUCAAAUUCGGCAGGAAUGUGACGGUGGCCCUCAAGUAAUGAGGAGCCAACAGCUUCUCAAGUCGUCAAUAAGCGGCGAUGAUGAAAGUGUGGGUGGAGAAAAAAUAAUCAAUCUGGCAAUUGACGUACCUCUGCAAAUUUGGUAGAAUGUGAGUCCAAGACUCUAAGUAAUAGACCGCAAAUACCCGACGAUCAGACGACAAUGAUGGGAGUCACG